CUCUGUUGGGUGGUGUGUGGGAGGCUGGCAAAGUGCUGCCUUGAUUACUUCCCCAGAUGUCCCGGUCCUCCCCCCCCAGGCACUCCCUUUUUGUUGCCAUUCACUCCCUCAAGACCAACAAAUACUGAGGAGGGCAGGCUGAGUUGUUAAGUUGAGACAUGUGGGCGGCAACAACAGCGUGGGUGGUGGCAGCAGUGGUGGUGGUCAGCGGGCAGAACACCGACCACCACCACCACCAUUCCCGUGUCCAGUCUCAACAGGGUGAGUUUCCAGUGGGAGUGGAAGAUGAACCCGGCCAUGAACGCACCAUCAAUCUUUUUACUUACCAGCCAAAUCAGUUUUCAGGUGAUCUGCCACAACAGAGCAAUGAUCAAAUUAGUCAAGCUCGUGAAGAUGGUCAACGUUUCACCAAUGACUCAUCAAUCACUCACAGAGGUGGUGGGGGAGGAGGGGGUGGUGACAGACAACAAAGUGUGUUAAAUCGUCAGCAUACUGGAGGUGGUGGAGGGAGAAGGAGACAAAGUGGCAGGGGUCUUCGACAAGGUGGAGGUGGAAGGCAACGGGGGGGAGGAAGGAGACCACAACAGCAAGGGAGUGGUGAUUACAGCAACAACAGUGAUAACAACAGGGACACUGCAAGCUCCUUGGACACAGACAUCAGUCAGAGUCACUCCAAUGCCAUGAUCUUGUUGCUCCAAAGACUUGGAGACAGACUAACUGGGAUUGAGGUGCUGCAGAGGCAACAGACUGAGAGGAUAAGCACCAUCAACUAUAGACUGACAAAACUGGAGCUUCAGGCCGAGGAGCGCAAGAGUGUCACUAGUGACCUCGGGAAUGCUGUGCGCCAUCGCAUGGAGACAACUGAUGCUGAGCUCGACCAGGUUAAUGAGCAUCUGGAUUCCAUCAAGACCAGCAUCAUGGGACUUGGGCAACAAUACAGUGACCUCAAGGUUGCUAUUGCCAACAUCCCGAAGGAGUCUGAUCAGAGAGGGAAUGAGGUGAAUGGGCUGAAGAUGCAAUCCAUGCUAGGAGCAGUUCAGGAGCUGAGGACAUCAACAGAUCAAGUCAAAGAUAAUACAGAACAGCUAACCAAGAACCUGACAGCCCUCAAUAUGAUUGCACAAAAUUUAACGCACUUAGCUGAGAAGAUGGUGACCAAACAAUACCUGUAUGAGAACCUGAAUGAGCUGAGGAGCCAAGACUCCGCUGUGUCCCUGCUAGCUAAGAUGGUGAUGGUGCCACCGCCGGCUACAUCAAGACGAGCCUCCUCACGCAAAGCAGCAGUACCCGAGGACUGUUGGCAGCUCAUGAAGCAGGGCAAGAUAAAGUCUGGGGUUUACAGCAUUCAGCCGCACUACUCCCCACAGCCUUUCUUUGUCUACUGUGACAUGGAGACUGAUGGUGGAGGAUGGACAGUGAUACAGAGGAGGGAGGACGGCUCAGUGGAUUUCCUGCGUGAAUGGAUGGACUACAAGCAUGGCUUCGGCAACGUGGCCGGGGAGUACUGGCUGGGCAAUGAGAAGAUACACCUCCUGACCAAUCAACAGGUGUCAGUGCUGCGAGUGGAUGUGGCAGACUUUGACCAGCAGGUGGGGCAUGCACUUUACUCAGCCUUUGCCAUUGGGCCUGAGCAGGAGGGUUACUCGCUCAAAAUCCUCGGACAGUACAGUGGGGAUGCAGGAGAUUCACUGCGUUACCAUGUUGGCCGGCGGUUCAGCACUUUGGAUGUGGACAAUGACGCAUGGCCUGACCGAAGCUGUGCCCGGGAUCACAUGGGGGCCUGGUGGUAUCGUGCGUGUGAGACAAGCAACCUGAAUGGGAGGUACCUGCAUGGCCCAGUGCCAGCUGAGCAUCAGUACACUGGCCUCUACUGGUAUGACUUCCGGGGGCCCCAAUACUCCCUCUGGCAGUCAAGCAUGAUGGUGCGCCGUGGAGGCAAAGUUGACCGACCUGUCUUCAGGGACUUUGCAGAUGUGCACAACCAAACAGCAAGAGUGCCCAACAUGCAGGAGGUAGCGGUGGUCACAACAACUUCCCCUGACGACUUUGACCCCAACCAGGACCCUUAUGUGACCUUUGAGUACCCCAACCUUUAAGAAGUGAUCACAAAAUUUCUACCUCUCCCAAAACAACAUUAGGGAGAGCAACCUUGAUUAUUUCUUUCUUUCAAGUUCACCAGUAGAAAGAGCUUAGCUACAACAUUUAAGAUUUAGUUGCUAUGAUUAUGUAUCUUAAGAAUAUAGUUUUGUACAAGUGCA